ACAAUGAAUAUGCAGAUGGCUUUAAAGGCAGAGGAGGAAGAGAGGACAGCACGUGACGCGCGGGUGAAGAACAGCGGCCAGACUUCUCCUUCGCUCACACGCGCGCAGACUUCACAAGGCAUGAUGUUGGGGAGUCUGUUGCUGGUUUCUCUGUGGACCGGGGCGCUGGCCAUGUCCGAGUCCAGGCUGGACCUCCACUGGGACAUGUGGAAGAAGACACACAAGAAGACCUACAACACAGAGGUGGAGGAGUUUGGACGCAGGGAAUUAUGGGAGAGGAACCUGGAGAUGAUCACUCUGCACAACCUUGAGGCCUCAAUGGGUUUACACACCUACCAGCUCAGCAUGAACCACCUGGGAGACGUGAGCCCGGAGGAGAUUCUCCAGACUUUGGCCACGCUCCGUGUCCCCGCCGACCUGGAGAGGGCGCCCUCGGCUUUCGUAGGAUCUGCCGGCGCGGCUCUCCCGGACUCCGUGGACUGGAGAGAGAAGGGGUGCGUCACCUCCGUCAAAAUGCAGGGCAGUUGCGGCUCCUGCUGGGCGUUCAGCGCUGUAGGGGCCCUGGAGGGCCAGUUAGCAAAGAAGACGGGCAAACUGGUGGAUCUUAGCCCUCAGAAUCUGGUGGACUGCUCCGACAGAUACGGUAAUCACGGCUGCAACGGCGGCUUAAUGCACCAGGCUUUCCAGUACGUCAUCGACAACCAUGGCAUCGACUCUGACACGGCCUACCCGUACAGAGGAGUGGAGCAGCGGUGUCAUUACAACCCCUCCUACCGGGCGGCCAACUGCUCCCGGUACAGCUUCCUCCCACAGGGCAGCGAGCAGUCACUGAAAGAGGCCUUGGCCACAAUUGGACCCAUUUCUGUGGGCAUUGACGCCAAACAGCCCAAGUUUGCCUUCUUCCACAGCGGAGUCUACGAUGACCCACACUGCUCACAGGAAGUCAACCACGGCGUGCUAGUCGUGGGCUACGGCACGCUGAAUGGACAAGACUACUGGCUGGUGAAGAACAGCUGGGGGACGCCGUUCGGAGACCACGGCUACGUCCGGAUGUCGCGGAACAAGAAGAACCAGUGCGGCAUCGCUCUGUACGGCACCUACCCCAUCAUGUAGCCCCGCCCCCGCCGCAUCCCACGAGCAUUACACUUCCUUUCAGCCAAGAGCUGCCAAGUAGAUUUCUUAACCCCUCAGUUUUUUCUUUUAACUUUUGUUUUUAUCAGUCUAUCAGUCUUCCCGCUGCACUUUUUAAACAGUAACGUCGAGAAUGACGCAUCUUCAAAAUACCAAGUGGCGGUGGCAGAGAAUUUUUUGUGUUGUCUAAAUUACAGGGGGAAUAAUCCACACAGUGGCGGGGCUCAAAUCAAUGUCAGAAUUUCAAUGUGAAUACAUACACAACAGACAAGGCUCGGCGUUUUCGGUUUUUAUUUUUCAAAGCCACCCAGCAUGCCGAAUUUCGCCACAAGGGGUCACUGUCACGUAACCUCACACGAACAGGAACAACUUUCGGAUCCGUGGAAACAUCAAAUCCGGGUGAAAAUCAGUUUCAAAAUCUGGGUAUUUUUAAGUCCGCGGUGGUGUAGCGGUCUAAGCAUCGGCUUUGUGUCGACGCAGUUGACCACUGGGGACCGGGGUUCGCGCCCCGGUCUCGUCAGAUGAUCAUUGGCAGCGCUGUCUUCGGGAGGGGGGCGGAGUCGGCUUGUGUUCGUCACGUGAACGCGUCUCUGUGUGUGUCGGAAAAAGCAGUGGUUCGGCCUGGAGUCGCCUCGUCACGGAAGUGGGGAGGCGACUCCUUCGAGACUGCCGGCCGGAGAGACGCAGUUGGCGAACGCAUGCAGUACGAGGGUGGGUGUUUGAAUUAAAAUAGGGAUCGAUUGGCCACUAAAUUGGGGGAAAAAUCAGAAAUAAAAUUAUAUUAAAAAAAAAAUCUGGGUAUUUUUCAGUGAAAAUCGGUAAAAACCAAAAAACGCCGAGCCUUGACAAUAGAAUAGCACAGGUGGAAAUACCACGCGCUAGGCGAGUAUGGGUUAGAGGACUGCACGCUCCUUUUUUCACACGCAAAAUUACAUCGAGAGCAACAGACGUGGACGGUCACUACUACUACUGAGUUUAGACAAUACUACUCACGCUAUUGCACCUCAUUCAUGCUGUCAGGCGCACCCGUCCACGGCAGCAUUUAAAACAAGCGCAUGACACGUGGCGUAUAAACACAAGCAAUGUGUCACAUCGGCCCAUCCGUAGUGCUGAACACCAACAGUACACGAUGCGUCCGAGAGUUUCAUAUUUGUUCGUAUGAGUGAUUAUAACUUACAAUAAAUGUCAAUGGCGCUAGCCAGCAGGCUAAUUUAUCGGAAUGUGUGUCCGUUCCGUUCACGAAAAUGACGUCAUCACUUUAAUAGCGGCAUUUGGUCUGCGCCCGUUGAUAACCCCGCUCGGGGAUCGAAAAUGAGAGUUUCCCGUCGCAUUUGCGAAUUGGCCUGGCCAAGGCGGAGGCGCUGGGGUGGCUUAUUCUGCUUGGUAAUUUCCUUGGUUGUUCCAUGGUGGGGCUGGGGUGGGGCUAACACAGCCCAGCCAAACCAUAACCUGUCGCCGCCACUGUAACACCAACUCUGUAAACAGCAAUAAAGUUGAUUUUAUGUCAUUAAA